GAAGGCGAAUGAGAGCGGGCGUAGAGAGCAGUCGGCAUAUUCAUUUCUUUUCACCAGGAUUUAUAUCCAUCUAUAUAGCAAUCUGUGGAUUAAAUGAAUGGCAUGUUGAACAGCCCACACACUAGGUUACGAUGAGCUGCGGUCUGUAUUGUAGAUUUCGUGAUUUAAUUUUGUGUUACAAACCAACGUUAUAUUUUCAUUUGUAAAUAAGCUUUCACUAUAGGAAUAUAUUUACACUACGUCUCUUAAAAGCACGAACAUGGAUGAAGAUAAUCGAGUGCCUGAAGAUCUUUCACUUGAAGAGAGAGAUGAACUGUCAAACAUUAGACGGAGGAAAAAGGAACUUCUGGAUGACAUUGAGCGAUUAAAGUUUGAGAUCUCUGAAGUAAUGACAGAGAUUGAGCAUUUAACGUGUGUCAGAGAGACUAAAAGUACUCAGAGGAACAAGCAGAUUGCUGCUGGAAGAAAGAAAUUCAAUAUGGAUCCUAAAAAGGGGAUUCAAUUUCUUUUGGAGAAUGAUCUUCUGCAACACACACCUGAGGACAUCGCUCAGUUCCUCUAUAAAGGCGAGGGCUUAAACAAAACUGUCAUAGGAGAUUAUUUAGGAGAAAGGGACGACUUCAACAUUAAGGUAUUGCAGGCUUUUGUGGAGCUUGAUGAGUUUGCUGACCUCAAUCUGGUGCAAGCUUUGAGGCAGUUUUUGUGGAGUUUCAGACUCCCGGGUGAAGCACAAAAGAUUGAUCGUAUGAUGGAGGCCUUUGCUGCUCGAUAUUGCCAAUGUAACCCAGGUGUCUUUCAGUCCACAGACACAUGCUACGUUCUCUCGUUCUCUGUCAUCAUGCUCAACACCAGCCUACAUAACCCUAAUGUCAGAGACAAGCCUACAGUGGAAAGGUUUAUCAUAAUGAACCGGGGCAUCAAUGAGGGAGGUGACCUGCCUGAGGAGCUGCUCAGAAAUUUAUAUGAGAGCAUUAAGAAUGAGCCUUUCAAAAUUCCUGAAGACGAUGGAAAUGAUCUUACUCAUACAUUCUUUAAUCCAGACAGAGAGGGAUGGCUGCUAAAGCUAGGAGGAAGAGUGAAGACCUGGAAGAGGAGGUGGUUCAUUUUAACUGAUAAUUGUCUGUAUUACUUUGAAUACACAACAGACAAGGAGCCGCGGGGGAUCAUUCCACUGGAGAAUCUUAGUAUACGAGAAGUGGAGGAACCAAGGAAACCAAACUGCUUUGAGCUGUACAACCCCAGUCACAAGGGGCAGGUAAUUAAAGCAUGCAAGACGGAGGCAGACGGGAAGGUGGUGGAAGGUAAUCACGUGGUGUACAGAAUAUCAGCCCCCACGCCGGAGGAGAAGGAAGAGUGGAUCAAAUCCAUCAAGGCAAGCAUCAGCAGGGACCCUUUCUACGACAUGCUGGCUACAAGGAAGCGACGUGUGGCCACUAAAAAGUGAGAGCUAUCUGAACCUGAAAGUCCUGUAACUUGGGUUCUUCUGCUCACUCUUCAAAUGGAAACUUUCUUAAUCACACAGAAUAUCUGCAGCCUGCAGGAGAUAACUGGAAACAUAAGAGCUCUCAGAGUAAAGGGGAAAAAGGACUAGAUUUUCAAAAACUAAGGGAUAUAUGUACUUUGAAAAUGUUUUACUCUAAAAAACAAAAAACAAAACAGUGGACUGUAUGGGGAGUUGCGCUUACAGUAGGAACUUUACAAGACAUUUGUUUCAACAAUCACUAAAUGUUCAGGUUUAGUCAUGGCAAUGUUCUCAACUCUCAGUUUAGUUCAAGUCUAGAUUUAAGCUCUGGCAAUGAUUACAUAAGGCCCAAGGAAGGAAUAUAUGAAAUAUAUAAUUAAAAAAAUACCAGACUACUGGUAACGUCAUUUCCAUUCACAUUCAGUUUAUAUAUAUACACAGAUGUGGCAUAAGGCAUGAAUCAUACUGAAUAGAAUUUCCAGUGCUAUUAAAAUACUGUUCAAUAUAUUAAUUGCAUCAAUAGUUUUAAAAUGUUUAUGGUCAGUUAUGUUAUCUCAUAGUCAUCUGAAUCAGCAGGACUGGUUACAUUAAUUGGAAGACAGAAAAUAAUCACGAAGGUUUUUUAUAUCCUAUUUAUAUGCUUUGUUUCCAUGGUCCUUAAAUAAUAUUAUGAUUAAAAAAGCUAUUCAUUUCUUAAGUUCUAGCAAUUAUUAUUUAACACCUUUUCAGAUAUAAUACAAACUCUACACCCUUUUGUAUAGUUUUUUUAAAUUGUUGUUUGAUAUAAGUAAAUGUAUUUUGUUGUAUUUAUGUAAUAUUGCAAUUCUGCUAUGUGAACCCAU